AUGCCCAGGAAGGUCCGUCUAGCGGGCCGGGAGGGGACGGCGCCGGUGACCUCGGCGGGUCGUGUCUUGUCGGGGAAAGGGACGAGCAGCAGCCCUGUGGGCGCGGGCAGAGAUGGGAGCGUCACCAUCGCCGUCCACGCCAAGCCCGGCGCCCGGCUCAGCGCUGUCACAGAUGUGACAACUGAGGCAGUAAGUGUAGCUAUUGCUGCACCUCCAUCAGACGGGGAGGCAAAUGCAGAGCUGUGUCGUUACCUCUCCAAGGUUCUAGAAGUGAAGAAGAGUGAAGUUCUUUUAGAUAAGGGUGCUAAGUCACGUGAAAAAGUGGUGAAGAUCUUGGUAUCAAUGACACCAGAUGAGGUUUUAGAGAAACUGAAAAAAGAAGCUUCCAGCUGACCUAAACAAAAUCAGGAAAUGGAACUUUGUGUUUUGGUAAACCACUUUUUUACUAGAAAAAGGGGGGAUACUUUUCAUUAAGAGAUCAUGCAGAAACAGGCUGUGGGUAACAGGACAAACAAACUCCAAUAUCUACAAUACACAGACUCUCCUGGUGAUGCAUAUUAAAACAGUUUUUGCCAUGCUAUUCUGUACUGAAAGCUUUCUUUGAAAUAUUCCUACAAAAGACCUGAAGCUUGUACUCAUUUACAGCAAGACCCAUUCUUGGCUGACACUGUAGCCUGGUUCUUUCGGUGCUUGCUUUUUUAGUUAGUUUCAUAAUAGUGCCCUGCAUGUCCAUCUAGUCUUGUUGAGGAUUUGAGCAACGACUGAGAAGAUCUUUGUUCUCCAAAAGCCACAGUCUGCCUUUGGGACUCUCCUGAAAUUAGUGGUGUGUUUCUGGUAUUGAGGCACCAUAUCUGCUCAUGUCACCUGGGUAUUUUACCUCCUUGGAAAUACUCCUGUCAUUGAGUCUUGCCCACUUUUCCUCAUCCCUAAAUAGUUUAGUUUUGAUUUUGAAUGCAGGUGUAAUUAUUUGUUUAAAAAAAUAGAAGGCUAAAGUGACAGGCCUUGGAAUAAUGUCAAGAGAAAUGUCAGGGAAGAAUCUAGAUGUCAAAGAAUGCUUAGGGUCCAUUCUACCCUUACUGUACCUCUGCAAAUCCAAAAUAAUAACUUUGCAGAGGACUGAUGCUGGUUAGCUGGACAUGGAAUUUUCUCUCAAAUAAGUAACACAAAAAUCAAGAAGUCCUGCAACAAGAAUUUGACCUGGUAUAACGUAAGUGGCAUUACCAUAAAUAGUGGCACCAGCUAUGUUUUUGCCUUGUGGUUGUCAUUGCUUAGAUUUUUGUCAGUUAACUUAGUCUCUGCAGUUUCCUGUUACUGUAAUGUAAAAUAAACUGGUUUUAUAAUUGUAAUGUCUAAAAUAAAAUGAACUGGUAUAAAAAGUC